AUGAGAGUUCAUCUCAAAGGGGAUGCCAUCUGUACCCUCUUCCUGCUGGUAGCACUUUGCUUUUUGCUCUACUCCCAGCUGGAAUAUUUAGUCCCAGCAGGAAACAAAGAACAGAGACAGAAGAAGCCUUCAGCAACACCAAAAAUAUUUUCUGACCACCAAGCUCCUCCUUGGAGACUGAUGCCAGCAGAGGUACCCAGACCCCAAGGAACAUCCAGUGUCAGGCAGACAGAAGUGGCCACCAGUAGGGUCCAAACCCCAACUCCACCCCCGUUCACCACUUUUGCCUUCAACUUCAAGCAAUAUCUCCUCAACAAGGAUAACAGGAACUUCAGUCUCCUCAUUAACCAGCCCAAGAAAUGCAGGAGAACCCCUGGAGGUCCUUUUCUGCUCAUUGCUAUAAAAUCAGUGGUUGAAGACUUUGACAGACGUGAGAUUGUCCGGAAAACUUGGGGCAGAGAGGGGCUGGUGAAUGGAAAGCAGAUCCAGCGAGUGUUCCUCCUGGGAACACUAAAGAAUAGGACAGAGCUGGGGUCAUGGGAGACCCUGAUCCAGCAGGAAAGUCAGAUGUACCGGGACGUUUUACUCUGGGACUUCAUGGACACUUUCUUCAAUCUGACCUUGAAGGAGAUCCACUUCCUCAACUGGGCAGCUGAAUUCUGCCACAACGUCGAGUUUAUUUUUAAAGGUGAUGCUGAUGUUUUUGUCAACAUUGAGAACAUUGUUGAGUUCCUUGAGAGACACGACCCCACUGAGGACCUGUUUGUUGGGGACAUCAUCUACAACGCCCACCCCAUCCGUGUCCCAAAGAGCAAAUACUACAUCCCAGAGACCAUGUAUGGGCUUAGCAUCUACCCAGCCUAUGCAGGAGGAGGGGGAUUUUUGCUGUCAAGCUCCACCAUGAGGAAGCUCUCCAGGGCUUGCAGAGAGGUAGAACUCUUCCCCAUUGAUGAUGUCUUUUUGGGCAUGUGCUUGCAGAGAAUCAACCUCAAACCCGUUUCGCAUGAAGGGUUCAAGACUUUUGGCAUUGUUAGAUCUGCUGCUGCCCCACACCUACAGACAUUUGACCCUUGUUUUUACAAAGAUCUCAUGGUAGUUCACAGUCUAAAGGUUGCUGAGAUCUGGAUAAUGUGGAACCUGCUCCACAGCCCACACCUUUCCUGUACUCAGAAGAAGCAGGUGAAGAAGCCUUUCCAAUGGAAGAAAAAAGCUCAAAUAACAACUCAAGCAUCACCCCUCAGAUAAUGCAGGCAGACUGGAGCAGGAACAUGUUACAAACCAGGUGAGAAAGGAAAUCUGGAACUGGUGCAGCAGCCAAAUGAACCAACUUCAGAAGCAGACUAAUUUAGCUAAUCUUAUUUACUGUCUUGUUAAGAGAAGGUGAGAAACUAUUGCAGGAAUUUGCCAGAAUUCUACAUUUGCACACACAUAACCUGUAGGUCCUUCUUCCAUUAAUGAAUCCAAAUAUUCACAACAGUAUCUUUAAUUUAUUCUUAUUUAUUAGAUUUAUAGUAGUGCUUAGUGGGCCAAGUGUGUAAAGGCACGUUGCAAAAUGCAGUCCUGGGAGAUUUUCAGCAUUGUUAGAAAUGUGAGAAAUGAAAGAAAACAGAGAAUAAGAGAAGAAACAGAGGGAUCAUUGUCACAUUCUUACCUUGGCUUUGACUCACCAAGAAAAUUACCAAACUACAACAAGUAAAGGAA